AUGUUUCGAGGAAAGGUAGCCAGCAACGAUGGUCCCGGGCCCUCUACAAAAAAGGAGGAGCAAGACAGGCAAGAUCCUAAUGGCUCGGAAGUCAAGGGCAAAAAGAAGCGAUCGAGAGGACGAAGGCGCAAGGGAAAAUCCAAAGGCCAGCAGCCACACCCCAAAAACGUCUCUAAUAACAAUAGCAGCAAUAAUAGCAAAAAGCAGCACGACGCUCCCAUGAAAAAGCGAGACUUGUAUUUUUGCAUGACUUGCGCCAUGGUGGCCACGGCCAGUGGUCCGGUCGUGGCCCGGGUCACGAUUGUCAAUUGGGACCUCGAGAUGGUGUUGGAUACCUUUGUGCAUGUCCCCGUUCCCGUGAUUGACUUUUUGGACUCGGGGGUGACCGCCCAUGACAUUCGCAAAUCCAUUACCAAUGUCAAGGCCAAGAGUUUUGCGCAAGUAAGACAAGAUGUGGAAAAGAUUUUGGUGGGAAAGAUUUUGAUUGGACACCACUUGAACGAAAAGCUGACGGCCUUGGGGUUGACCCAUCCCAUUACGGAUGUGAGAGACACUUCCUCUUUUUUUGGAGAUGCCGAUUUGCGGGAAUUGGGCGAAGUCUUGUUGCACAAGGAAUUGCCCACUUCGGACAAGAGUGACUUUUUACUCCAAUCGUGUUGCGCGGCUCUGGACUUGUACAAGACACACCGCAAGGAGUGGGAAGAGGAUCUCAUCCAACAAGCGCAAGAACGCCAAAAGCUCUUGAUGCAACAACAACAGCAGCAGCAGCAGCAGCAACAAACUCCUCCCUCUCGGGGAUAUCAUUAUCAUCAGGAACAUGCUAACCAUCAUCCAUACCAUCACACGGAUCAUGGCAACAGUCCACACAUGAUGAUGCAACAUCAACACGGGUACGAGUUCAGCAAUCAUUCCAACCAACAUCCCAGCAUGAUGGCUCCACAUCACCAGCAUUCCAUGCAGAACAACAAUUCUUCUUGGUUUGUCCGAGCCAAUGUCCCAGUCUCAUCCCAGCCACAGUCAACACCGGCUCUUUCUUCCAGAGCCAUGCAGGCACUCUCCUCCUACAAUUCACAUCACACUGGCGAUGAGGCUUUUGAACGUGGGUCCAGUGUUUCGUACGACGGUUCUUUCAUUGAUUCCGCAGCAGACUAUUCGUCUUCCAUCUUGGACAGUUCGUCCCAUUUGUCAGUGGAUACGGCAUCGGUGGCCUCGUGGCAACAAGAGGAACCGCCACAAGAGCGACCCGAAUCGAAUUCGUCUUCUUGGUUUCGCUUUGGAUCCAAAAAGAGUUCGCCAUCGUCACCACAAUUUGAAAAGCUGGAGCGACGCAUGUCGGCGGUGUGCGAAGAACCCGAAGACGAUUUGGUGGAGGAAUUGCAGUAUGGCAACACCACCAAACAGCAAGAGGAAGACGACUUGAGGGGACGAGAAAAGUCGUGGUUUGCCUUUCGGCGCAGCAAGUCACCCAGUCAACAGGCAGACAUUGUGGACGUUAACAAUGAUUUGGAUUACAGUCGAUCGCAUGCGGCGCGAGAAUUGGCACGAUUGAAACAUCAGGGUGGUAAGACCAACUUGCCCGUGGAACGGAAUUUGGUCGAGCCAUUGGAACUGGCAUCAGAGCAAGCACCGUCCAUGCUCGAAUCAUCUGCUUCUUCGAAUGAUCGAUCCUCGUCUUGGUUUAGCAAGAUUCGCCGCGCCAAGAGUCCUACGGCUUCCAAAAUGGCUGCUUCUUCCAUGGAAUCAACAACAACCACUACUACUCAAGAGCCUACUGAAUCCACCUAUGCUGAGAAUGAUGAAGACUGGUUGCAAGAAGUCAUGGACAAGAAAAUGCCUGCACGAGAGGAUGAUGAUGUUGAUGUUGGUAUUGAUAUUGAUAUUGACAACGCAGAACAACAAGAAUCCGAAGCUACCACUGGGUCGUCCCCUUGGUUUCGCAACUUUAUGCGGAGUCCCCGAUCCCCCAAGUCGAACCGUUCCCGAUUGCCCUCGUUGGAAAAUGAAUUCUCUUCGGAAUUCCGGGAACCUUUUGAGGCGGGACAGGAUUUGGAUGUUUGGGUCGGUGAGAAGCUGAGCGAUGCCGAUAGUGAUAGUCAUUGGACCGAUUCCAUUUUUGCCUCGAGGACUCGAAUCGCCACGGAAUCCACCAUUCCCUCCAUUGGCACGGACGACUUUCUAGAGGAGGACGACAUGUCCAACGAUAUUCUGAUUGGAAUGGAACAGAAUCUCGCCUUUUUGAAUAUCUGA